UUUAAUAACCCUGUAAAACAGUUUCAGCUUUGUCUUCGAUCCCUCGUCAACAGGAGCUCGUCGACUCCGUUUUCUUUCGGCUUGUGUCCACAAAAAGGCAACGUUAAGCUUGACUGUGAAGUCACGUCGUAAUACAUUCAAGUAAGAGCUAUGAGGAUCCUAUUUAUUACGUGUUUCACUUGGAUUAUUUUUAACUCCCGUGAAGUUAAAGGUGGAGAUUGCGAUCAUGAAUUGGGAAUGCAAAGCAAAGCCAUUCCAGAUGCGAACAUCAGAGCAUCUUCCAGCCUCAGUUCAAAUCAUGCCCCUGCCUUGGCACGACUGGACGGGCAGGGAGCAUGGUGUUCGGCGCGGAAUGAUAAUUCACCUUAUAUACAAAUCCAGUUGGGCAAGAAAAAGUCAAUAACAAUGAUUAUGACACAGGGUAGUUUAGAGGAUUUGAGGUGGGCAACGAAAUACCAAAUCAAGUACCUCAAGGAGGGAAAAUGGGUUACUUAUCGAAAAGCAAAUGGAACUCUGACACUUCAGGGCAAUCAAAACCCUCAAAGAUUAGAGGACCACGAUCUACAGCCCCCAAUACCAGCACGUUCGAUUCGUGUUUAUCCAAUGAUUCCUAAAAGCGUGACGCCAAAUGAGACUUUAAAAAAGGUUUCUUGUCUUAGAUUGGAGCUUUAUGGAUGUUCUGCCCCAGUCAAUGGAGGCUGGGGCAAGUGGGGUCGCUGGUCAGAAUGCAGCGUGACUUGUGGACCUGGAAUGCGGUCACGUGAACGAAAGUGUGACUCACCCAAACCCGAGAAUGGUGGCGAGCCGUGCAACGAGACUGAAAGAGUAGAAGAGGAGAAAUGCAACAAACAGAAUUGUCCAGUGAUCGAUGGAGACUGGGGUGAGUGGGGUCGCUGGUCAGAAUGUAGCUUGACUUGUGGACUAGGAAUGCGGUCACGUGGGCGAAAGUGCGACUCACCCAAACCUCAGAAUGGUGGCAUGCCGUGUAAUGAGGCUGCAAGAGUUCAAAUGAGAUAUUGCAGGAAUCGGAAGUGUGGACAUUCGAGAGGUGGAGACUACGGUGGUUAUUCCGGCUCAGGGCAUGGCUGGGAAACGUACUCAGACGAUGGAAGAGAACAUGGCGACGAAAGCAGAGCUGGCGAUUCUUCAGGAUCUAGUGAGGAUGGAUGGUAUACCUACAGCAAAAACACAAUUUGGAGCGACAAUGAUGACGAGGACUAUGGGUCAUGAACUCCUCGGACAGUUAGCAAAUCCAGCCUUCAAUUAACGAUUUGGUGCCUGAGGAUAAAAAAGGAACUGGGAAUACGUCAUCGUUCUGUUCCCAAAAAUCCGUUUUAUUAUUUAAGACUGUAUCACAAAAUCUCGUUAUGCCGAAUUCUCCACGGCAUUCCUCUUCAAAUUUCGAUAUAAGUCAUAUGAUUGCUAUAGCAUUGUGUUGACAGCGAGUAAACUAAACUUGAAGUUACUCAGCUGAAUAGAUUUCUUAGCAUUGUGGAUGAUUAUGUUUUUAGCGAGAUCGAAACUAAGUUUUAAGGCUUAAGGCUUAAGUUAUAAAAGAUCUUGGACUUCAAACUUUUGUAACUUAUACAAAUCUUAACCUAUCUGUAGUGGGUGAACUUUAUGACUUUUCCAAACGUAUAACAGGGGACAUUCUGGCGUGUCAUAUGCUCAUAUGCUUGAUCAGAUGACGACGUUUCCUAAGCUCCUGUUAUUGUUUCUGAGCUUUGAAUCAAGUUCGGGGAUGUUCUUGCUUUUUUGAAAAAAAAAUUCCAAUAUGGCCCACAUUCUGAAUUGCGUGACGUCAUGAUUGACCCGUUUUUGAGUAUCAUUUAAUUAAACCAGUUUUGAGGCUUAACCGAAUAUUUUUGGAGGUUGUAAGGAGAUGGGGUGGAAACAAAGAGCCUAGGCUAUUAAGAACAUAGCAGUUUGCAGAUUUCUAAUGGCGGUUACUGAGUGGCCACCAUAACACGAUAGAAUCACCAAAAUAUUGUUAUAAAAAUUUCAGAGGUAUUGUUUAUAAGCUGCUAUAACUUAUUAUAUCAAAAAAGGCGAUGAAUUACGUUCCCUGAAAGAUCUGUGAUAGCCAUGCAAGUUACCACAUCGUGUUUACUUGUUUAGAGAAAGAUGUGAACGCCACCGUGGCUCAGUGAAAGCCAUGUAGUCGAAAAUGCGAGUGACCAUGUUUUCAUUUCUGGGUGUUAACCUAUUUGUGGUAAUAAAUUUCCUGACAGAGUUACUGCUA